UUCCCAUGUCCAGAGGAUCAACAUCCAAACAAAGCUAUGGUGUUGGGAAUCUUCAUUAAACACCAGGACACUCCCAUUGUCAAAGCCAACAACAGGAACCUCACCUACAUUCUUCUCAUUGCUCUCCUGCUCUCCUUCCUUUGCACUCUGCUCUUCAUUGGGCAACCUGAUCAAGUGAAAUGUCUCUUGCGACAAAGUACUUUUGGCAUCACUUUCUCUAUAGCUCUUUCUUGUAUUUUGGGUAAAACAACCAUAGUAGUUCUUGCCUUUAUGGCCACCAAGCCAGGCUCCAAAAUGAGGAAAUGGGUGGGGAGAAGAAUGGCCAACACGAUUGUCCUAUCUGUCUUCAUGGUUCAAUUCACCAUUUGUGCAGUGUGGUUGGCAAUUUCUCCCCCAUUUCCAGAUUCAGACAUGCACUCCAUGGUUGAAGAAAUUGUCUUGGAAUGUAAUGAAGGUUCAACCACAAUGUUUUAUACUGUCCUUGGCUUCAUGGGAUUCUUGACUGCUGUCACCUUCACGGUGGCCUUCCUGGCUAGGAAUUUACCUGAUAGCUUCAAUGAAGCCAAAUUCAUCACCUUCAGCAUGUUGGUCUUUUGCAGUGUCUGGGUGUCAUUUGUUCCCACCUACUGGAGUACAAAGGGAAAAUAUGUGGUUGCUGUGGAAAUCUUUUCCAUUUUGGCCUCAGCAGCUGGAUUACUGGGCUGCAUCUUUUCCCCCAAGUGCUAUAUCAUUAUUCUGAGACCUGAUUUGAAUAAGAAGGAGCAACUAAUAAAGAAAUGAAAGGGCUUAUUGAGACUUGGCUUAUUUGAAUAAAGCCAAAUUGUUUACUUUCAGGCAAUAGGGGUUUUUCCCCUCAGUUUGGGACAAUAAUUUGAUAUAUAUGAUAAAAGCAAUGAUUAUAAAAAUUCAAUUCAUUGUA